CCGGUACCCACCCCGCCCGGCUCUCCCCCCUCCCUCCCAGCCUCACCCCACCCUGCCCCAUUCCCCUCCCUCCGCCAGAUGACCACCGCGAGCGGCCAGCAGCGGCUGGAGCCCCCCGUCCCUCUCCGCUCCUGCAGCCCGGCUCCCGGAGCUCUCCAGAUGAGCCGGCCGCCCUCCUCCGCCCUGGAGACCUCCACCUCCUCUUCCUCCACCUCCACCUCCUCCUCCUCCUCCUCCUCGGCGGCGGCGGCGGCGUCCUCCAAGAGCAAGAAGGCCAGCUCAGGGCUGCGGCGGCCCGAGAAGCCUCCCUACUCCUACAUCGCCCUCAUCGUCAUGGCCAUCCAGAGCUCGCCCUCCAAGCGCCUGACCCUCAGCGAGAUCUACCAGUUCCUACAGGCCCGCUUCCCCUUCUUCCGCGGCUCCUACCAGGGCUGGAAGAACUCCGUGCGCCACAACCUCUCGCUCAACGAGUGCUUCAUCAAGCUGCCCAAGGGCCUGGGCCGCCCGGGCAAGGGCCACUACUGGACCAUCGACCCGGCCAGUGAGUUCAUGUUCGAGGAGGGCUCCUUCCGACGGCGGCCCCGCGGUUUCAGGAGGAAAUGUCAGGCGCUGAAGCCCAUGUACCGCAUGAUGAACGGGCUCGGUUUCGGCGCCUCCAUCCUCCCGCAGGGCUUCGACUUUCAGGCGCCCCCCGCCUCCCUUGCUUGCCACUCCAACGGCUACAACCUCGACAUGAUGCCCAACGCCAUGGCCAGCGGCUACGAGGGACUCAGCGGUGGCCACCACGUCCCACACAUGUCACCUAACCCCGGAUCGACCUACAUGGCCAGCUGCCCGGUGACUGCCAACGGGGACUACGGCCCCGACAGCAGCAGCAGCCCCGUGCCCUCCUCGCCUGCCAUGGCGAGCGCCAUCGAGUGCCACUCGCCCUAUACGAGCCCUUCGGCUCACUGGACAGCCUCCGGGGCAUCGCCCUACAUAAAGCAGCAGGGCCUCCCUGCCGCCAACGCGGCCUCCUCCGGCCUCCACUCCAGCGUGCCUUCCUACUCCCUGGAGCAGGGCUACCUGCACCAGAGCCCCCGCGAUGACCUCUCAGUGGGAUUGCCUCGCUACCAGCAUCACCCCUCUCCGGUGUGUGACAGGAAAGAUUUUGUCCUCAAUUUUAAUGGCAUUUCUUCUUUUCACCCUUCCGCUAGUGGAUCUUAUUACCACCAUCACCACCAUCAAAGCGUCUGUCAGGACAUCAAGCCGUGCGUGAUGUGA